CCGGCCCCCGGACCAGCCCUUAUCUGAUCCCAGCCCCGGGUUUAAGAGUCCCGGCUCUGCCCGUCGCUCGGCUCGGUUCCUCAUUCCUGCCCGCCCCGUCCGUCCGUCCGUCCGUCCGUCAGUCCGUCUGUCCCGCUGCCCAUCCGAGGGGCCACUCCACCCCGGACCCAAGAUGACGUCGGUGGCCAAGGUGUACUACAGUCAGACCACUCAGACGGAGAGCCGGCCCCUCGUGGGCCCAGGGGUCCGACGGCGGAGGGUCCUGACAAAAGACGGCCGCAGCAACGUCAGAAUGGAGCACAUCGCCGACAAGCGCUUCCUGUACCUCAAGGACCUGUGGACGACCUUCAUCGACAUGCAGUGGCGCUACAAGCUUCUGCUCUUCUCCGCGACCUUCGCGGGCACCUGGUUCCUCUUCGGCGUGGUGUGGUACCUGGUGGCCGUGGCCCACGGAGACCUGCUGGAGCUGGGCCCCCCGGCCAACCACACCCCCUGCGUGGUGCAGGUGCACACGCUCACGGGGGCCUUCCUCUUCUCCCUCGAGUCCCAGACCACCAUCGGCUACGGCUUCCGCUACAUCAGCGAGGAGUGCCCGCUGGCCAUCGUGCUGCUGAUCGCCCAGCUGGUGCUCACCACCAUCCUGGAAAUCUUCAUCACGGGCACCUUCCUGGCGAAGAUCGCGCGGCCCAAGAAGCGGGCCGAGACCAUCCGUUUCAGCCAGCACGCCGUCGUGGCCGCCCACGACGGGAAGCCCUGCCUCAUGAUCCGCGUUGCCAACAUGCGCAAGAGCCUCCUCAUCGGCUGCCAGGUGACGGGCAAACUGCUCCAGACCCACCAGACCAAAGAGGGCGAGAACAUCCGGCUCAACCAGGUCAACGUGACUUUCCAAGUGGACACGGCCUCGGACAGCCCCUUCCUCAUUCUGCCGCUCACGUUCUACCACGUGGUGGAUGAGGCCAGUCCCCUGAAGGACCUCCCCCUCCGCAGCGGGGAGGGGGACUUCGAGCUGGUGCUGAUCCUCAGCGGGACGGUGGAGUCCACCAGCGCCACGUGCCAGGUGCGCACCUCCUACCUGCCGGAGGAGAUCCUCUGGGGCUACGAGUUCACGCCCGCCAUCUCGCUGUCGGCCAGCGGCAAAUACAUCGCUGACUUCAGCCUUUUUGACCAGGUUGUGAAGGUGGCCCCUCCCAGCGGCCUCCGCGACAGCGCGGCGCGCCACGGAGACCCCGAGAAGCUCAAGCUGGAGGAGUCCUUGAGGGAGCAAGCGGAGAAGGAGGGUAGUGCCCUAAGUGUGCGGAUCAGCAACGUCUGAUGGCCCGCGGCCCCACCCGCCCCCGUCUCUCCGGUCUUUCCUCUUUCGGCAGCCCGGGUGAGGGCUGUGGAUACCCGGGCUAGCCGGAGAGCCCCCGGGAGCCCCCAUCCUCCACUCCCUCCGCUUUAACCCGGCGGCCUGUGGGUAGGCGAGGCCAACUGGAGUCCGAGCUUUCCUUCCUUCGUCCCCUCCAGCCCACCCCACCCGUCCCCAAGACACGCAACUCCCCGACACCAGGAUGGGGGAAGGAGAGGGAAGAUUAAGGCUGAGGUGGCUCAGGACGCAUCAGCCAUGCUUGGAGACCCACAUCAGGAGGACCACGCAGUUGGAUGGAUAGCCCCCCCCCCCCCCCCCCCCCCCACCUCCC